AGGGCAGCAGCUGAGCUGAGUGUGCGUCCCUCGCUCCCCGCCGGCAUCGCCCUGCCCUGAGCGCCUCUCGGAGCCAGCCGGCAGCGGGGCAGCGCCAUGGGGGCCGCAGGAGGGCUGGGGCUGGCCGUGCUGGCGGCCGCGGUGCUGUGCGGGCCGGGGGCGCUCGCCGGGCGCGUCCUCAGCGGCCAGAAGGUGUGCUAUGGUGCCUUCAAGCAUUCUUGUUACAAACUAGCCUAUUUCCAGGACUUGUCUAGACGCGUGGGCUUCCAGGAGGCCCGCCAGGCAUGUGAAAUCGAUGGCGGGGCUCUGCUGAGCUUGGAGAGUGAAGCUGAGCAGCAGCUGAUAGAAAACAUGCUGCAGAACCUCACCAAAUCGGGCUCUGGGAUUUCUGAUGGUGAUUUCUGGAUUGGGCUGUGGAGGAGCGGUGAUGGACUGGCCACGUCGAGUGCCUGCCCCGACCUCUACCAGUGGGCCGAUGGAAGUAUGUCACCAUUCAGAAACUGGUACACAGAUGAGCCUUCCUGUGGAAGCGAAGCCUGUGUGGUGAUGUAUCACCAGCCAACUGCAAACCCUGGUCUGGGAGGGCCAUACCUUUAUCAGUGGAACGAUGACAGAUGCAACAUGAAGCACAAUUUUAUCUGCAAAUAUGUCCCAGAUAAUGUCUUAGAAAAAGAAUUAGGAGACAGAGCAGAGCCAGAAUACGAUAUUUUUCCAACAGUGCCAGCAGGAAAUCCUUAUGACACAAGCAAACCAGAAGAUCAGUAUCAUAUUAUUGCUACUGAAACAGGUAUAAUUCCGAAUUUAAUUUAUGUUGUAAUACCCACUAUACCACUGCUGCUGUUGAUACUGGUGGCUUUUGGGACUUGCUGUUUCCAGAUGCUUCAUAAAAGUAAAGGAAGAACAAAAACCAGUCCAAACCAAUCCACACUAUGGAUUUCAAAGACACCCAGGAAGGACAGUAGCAUGGAGGUAUAAUGAUUUACUGACUGAAAAUGAGGCAAAAAUAACAUUUUGCAGUGAGGCUGUAUUAUAAUGUCGUCAAAGAACAUUAGCUUGGAAUGGCUUGAAAAUGCAAAGGAUCUACAAGAAUGAACUGUAAGCUCCCCCUUGAGGCAAAUGUUCAGAUCAUUUUUAUAUGAUGUUUGUUUAUUAAUUCAGUAACAAAAUAUGCCAUGCUAAAUAAAGGGUAUGUGUUUAUUUUGCUAAGAGAUGUAAGUUAGCUAGUUGUGAGCAAUGAAAUGAACAGAGCAUUUGAAGUUUUUAUGGGGAAAUAUCCACAGUGUAUGUCAGUUUUAAGACUGUUUGUAGUUAAACAAACCUCCUCUGUUUCUUUUAGUCUCUCAUGCAUUGUAUUGUAUAGUCAAUGUACAGUAAAUGGAACUGACAAUUUUACAGUGUAACAAUUAUUUAUCUUUGCAUAAAAGUUUGAUACAAAAUAUUUGUUUAGUAUUUAUUUGCGCACUUAACACAGUUUUUGAACCUUGGGAACAAAUAUUAUUUUAUGAAAUAAUGACAUGGUUGCUGACAGAAACAGCCACCAUAUUGUGACAUCAACCUGAUGUGGCAAAAUUCAAGGAUUCAUCAAAGCCCUUUGCUGUCAUAGAAUUAAUUCAUUUUGCCAUGGAAUGACUAUAGCCUUUUUUCAUACUGGCUCAAGGUCAACAUAAAACUUGGAAAGUGGUACCUCAUUAAUGGUGUGCCCUUUAAAGGCAGCUAUUAGUUGUUACUUCAGUC